AAUAGAAAAAGGAAAAAGAAAGUACCUCACUGGCUUUCCCUAGGAAGCUAUUUCCAUGGCUUCUUCUUUUUUCUCUACUUUUUAAAUUGAUUUUUUUUGUCAGAUUAUGUUAAUCAUCGCCAUGGCUACUACAGUGUUGACUACCGACAGAUCUAAGGUUUAAAAAAAUGGUUGUUGGAUUAUGGAUGUCAUAAAGUUUGUCUGCUGGUGCCAAUGUUGUUGGAACAUCCCAUCCAUUUCUUCCUUUUUAUUAUUACCAACACUCUUCUUUUCAUCUUCUUCAUUCACCACUUUCGUCAUCGCUUCCACCGUUUCUCCGCCGACAGCGCUGACAGUUUCUUUAAAAGCAACUCAAUCGCCGCUGUUUUAUCCUCAACUCGCUGUUAUCGUCGCUGUUUCUCUUCUUUUGUUUGCUAUGGGAUUCUUGUUGAAAUUCCUUAAACGCCGGAAACACACGGCGGCGACUGGUCGGGCCGAUGAAGAGAAGGGAAAAGAUGGGGAACAAAGGGGUGUUAGGAAAUUUAAAUGGGAUGAGAUUAAGGAUUUGACUAAAGGAUUUUCCCGGUUGAUCGGACAAGGUGGGUUCAGUAAUGUGUACUUGGCUAACUGGUCGGGUUCUAAUCUCGGAGCAGUUAAGAUCCUUGUCGGAAAUGAUAGAUUAAAUCAAGUGUUUAAACAGGAACUGGACAUUUUAACCAGAAUCCGACAUGAAAACAUCGUUAAAUUCCUCGGUUACUGCGAUGAUCAAGAGGAAGGUGCCAUUGUGUUUGAAUACAUUUCAAAUGGAAAUUUACAAGACAAACUCCAUGGAAAUGAAAAGAAUUUUCUUCCGUGGAAAACCCGAGCCGCCAUAGCUUUUCAGCUUACUGCAGCAAUUGAAUACUUGCACGAAAAAUGCAGCCUGCAAAUAGUUCACGGCGAUAUCAAAGCUUCAAACAUCUUAUUAGACGAGCGUUUCAACUGUAAACUCUGCGAUUUCGGGUCGGCGAAGAUGGGUUUCUCGUCGGCGGUAAUGCCUCCGUCGUCGAGGACGAAGCAAAUAAUGGUAGGCUCACCGGGUUACACCGACCCUCAUUACUUGAGGACCGGUAUCGCUUCAAAGAAGAACGAUGUUUACAGUUUGGGUGUUAUUAUUUUGGAGCUUGUGACUGGUCUGGAAGCUUUUUGUCCCGAAAGGGGACAACUAUUGACGACAAUGGUGGCGCCGAAAUUAAGGGAUAUUGCGAAGUGUGGUAGGGCGGAGGAGACGGUGGCGGAAAUGGUUGAUCGGCGUUUAGGUGGUGAGUUUGAUUUGGAAGAAGCAAAAGCUUUGCUUUUGAUCGUUGAACUUUGUCUUCACCGGUCACCUACUGUUAGGCCUUCAGCUUCACAAAUCUUGGAAAUGAUGAAGGAUAAAAUCGGUGCCGUUGAUUCUCUGUUUUCGCCAGCUAAAGGUUGCCGGUGUUGAUUAAUUACAGUUUUUUUGCGAAGGCAAGAAACAGGUCGUUUGAACAAGCAAAAAAAAAAAAAAAAACAGGGUAUUGCCUGGUUUGUUUUGUCUUUAGAUUAGAUGAUGAUUUUUGUGGAGAUUUUACUACUUUGUAAAUGGUAAACAUUAAAAUUUUAGAACAAAUGGUUUUUACUGAAAAUUCGACAAUGAAUUGGAUUUUUCUAUGUUUUGCUGUACAUAACUAAUAUUCGAUUUUUUCUCGAACCUUGAUUAUUGGUGUCAGACGAACAACAAUCUUGUUUCGACCAUUGAAGUAUUUUUCAGACAGACAUCGUUCUCCAAAAAUGGUAAGUUAACAGCUGAAGUUACCCUGUUAACUUACCAUGUUUUGGAAAUUUGGGCUUGGUUUGCCUAUGCAAGGGUUUUAGAGUAUGACUAGGCUCGUUUUUUCUUUUUUAAUUUCUUGAAAUGAAAACUCUCCGAAUUAUUCUUAAAGAUAGUGUUCUAUACGUAACAAGCAUUAUUUUCCAUUAUUUCAAUCCAAUUUUCAUCAAACAAGAUACCAGAUGUCGUGACCCCAAGAUGACAUAGUAUCAUAUAGUUUGAAUAUAUAUGUCAAAUAUAACGUGCCCAGCUCAAGUACAUAGGAUCGAGGAGAAUGUGAAUGGAGCCCAUAGCGUAGCUGGUUCGGGUGUUGAGUGGGGAACUAUGUUCAGGACUUUGAUAAGGUACAUAUGGAAGAUGUGGAAUGAAUACAUCUUUUAGAAUGUUACGAGACCCGCUGCUCAAGUAGUUAGGCACUGUUGGGUUGAAGCGAGCAGGUAUAAGAAGGCUUUUAGUACAGAGUUGUAGCAUGCAGGUUGGUGAGGGAGGCUUUGGGUGGCGGUUGCUGUCAAAUGACUGGGUAAUGGAGAAUACGGGAUGCUCAAGGGAUGAGGGAUGUGGCUAUGCGGUAUUGGGAGGAGGAUUAGUAUGGCCCAUAUACUUUUUGCUGAGUUGCGAGCUGUUCUCGAGGGUUUAAGCUCAGCUAAGGCAAUGGCCAAACCGAUGGGAGUUUUUUCAAUCCAUAAGUAUCUUACGAGCACAAAUAUCUUUUUUACAUUUUAAUGCUACCUAAGGGCAGCAAAGCUAUCAUUUUUGUUAUAGUUAAACUUGGUCAUCGUUAAUGCUUUGCCUAGAGAGAAAAAAAAACAGAUGCAAAUACCAAAACUACUGCAUUCGAGUUCACAAAAACUAGAAUGUUUAUCCGAUGUUUCACUAAAUCAAAGCUAGAGCAAACAUGUUAAUCCAAAGGAAAAAAAAACAAUCAUUUCAUUGGGAAAAGAUACAAACUACCUCCCUCCUCCGGUUUUCAGAUAUACCAGAAAUAGCCCCUUUGUGGUGAAC